AGCACUCUAUAUAGCUCCAACUCGAAUCAACACCAGUGCUGCUGCUUCCAUUGGAUUGAAUUGAUUUGGAUUGGAUAAGAGCUUUGCGGACACCUCGCGAAGAAACGCCGCUAGAAUCUCUCGGGGAGGGUUGACUCCGCGCAGAUCUGCUCUGCUGCAAUUCAGGGGGAAAUCAAAAGAUCGUCUAAUUGAUCUAAUAGAGACAUCUUGGCGUAAAGAUGAAGGCACUAAUCCUUGUUGGAGGUUUCGGCACAAGAUUGAGGCCGUUGACCCUGAGCGUUCCCAAGCCGCUCGUCGAAUUUGCUAACAAACCGAUGAUUUUGCAUCAGAUAGAAGCGCUGAAAGCGAUUGGAGUGACUGAAGUUGUCUUGGCUAUCAAUUAUCAGCCGGAGGUAAUGUUGAACUUCUUGAAAGAUUUCGAAGCGAAGCUCGGUAUUAAGAUCACUUGCUCGCAAGAGACCGAGCCUCUCGGAACCGCAGGCCCACUUGCUCUCGCUCGGGAUAAGCUCGUCGACGGUUCGGGCGAUCCUUUUUUCGUUCUUAACAGCGACGUUAUCAGCGAAUACCCUCUGAAAGAGAUGAUCGAAUUCCACAAAUCCCAUGGAGGCGAAGCUUCAAUUAUGGUUACUAAGGUCGACGAGCCUUCGAAAUACGGCGUCGUUGUCACGGAAGAAUCCACCGGAAAGGUCGAGAGGUUUGUCGAGAAGCCAAAACUGUUCGUCGGCAACAAAAUCAACGCUGGAAUUUACCUUCUGAACCCUUCGGUGCUUGACCGCAUCGAGCUCCGCCCCACGUCGAUCGAGAAAGAGAUCUUCCCGAAAAUCGCGGCGGAGACUAAGCUAUUCGCGAUGGUCCUCCCGGGUUUCUGGAUGGACAUCGGGCAGCCGAGGGAUUACAUAACGGGCCUGCGACUCUACCUCGACUCGCUGAGGAAGAAAUCGUCGCCGAAACUGUCGUCGGGGAGCCACAUAAUCGGCAAUGUCCUGGUCGACGAGAGCGCGACGAUCGGGGAAGGGUGUCUGAUCGGUCCCGACGUCGCGAUCGGACCCGGGUGCAUCGUCGAGCCGGGGGUGCGGCUGUCGCGGUGCACGGUGAUGCGCGGCGUACGCAUCAAGAAACACGCGUGCGUCUCGUCGAGCAUCAUCGGAUGGCACUCGACGGUCGGGCAGUGGGCGCGCGUCGAGAACAUGACGAUCCUCGGCGAGGACGUCCACGUCGGCGACGAGAUUUACAGCAACGGCGGCGUCGUGCUGCCGCAUAAGGAGAUCAAAUCGAACAUUCUGAAGCCGGAAAUAGUAAUGUGAAGAAAUAGAAAUCGACGACAGACACUUCACUUUCUUACAAUCCAAACAUUAUUCUCUUCGAAACGUUUUUUUUUUUCUUUAUAUGUUCUUUGCAAAUUGUAAAGACUUUUAUUAUCUGUUGUGUACAGAUGGAUAAAUACUAAAUAAAUUAAUAAUCUUUUAUAUAUAUAAUAAACUCUCCUUGUGCAUU